CCCGGAAGUCAGAUGUUGCUGUUGAGUCACCCCUGACUGGUAAUAGCAAUAUGCAGAUAGCGGAAAACAGCUAGAGGUGAUGCUGGAGAGCUAGGCAUCUUUGAACCGUCCCAGAGAGGGAAUAAAUGCGUUUUUCAAUUAGGAUAUCACCUCGAGCAUCUGUGCUUUACUUUACAAGACUGACGUUUUAUCAAAAUGAUGGAAGAAAUUGACAGAUUUCAAGUGCCACCGGUAAAUCCAGAAAUGAAGCUGCUGGAUCCUGCAGCAGCGUCUACUUUGGAGGCUGAAACAGAAACGAGAGAAUCAGAGUCAGUUGCCAUCAACUACAAGCCCUCUCCACUACAAGUGAAGAUAGAGAAACAGCGAGAGCUUGCGAGGAAAGGCUCGGUGAAGAAUGGAACUGUGGGUAGUCCAGUCAAUCAGCAGCCCAAGAAAAAUAACGUUAUGGCCAGAACAAGGUUGGUUGUCCCUAAUAAAGGCUAUUCAUCCUUAGACCAGAGUCCAGAUGAGAAACCGCUUGUAGCACUGGACACUGACAGUGAUGAUGACUUUGAUAUGUCCAGAUAUUCAUCAUCUGGAUAUUCCUCAGCCGAGCAAAUAAACCAAGACUUGAACAUCCAGCUGCUGAAGGAUGGCUACAGAUUGGAUGAAAUCCCAGAUGAUGAAGACCUAGAUCUCAUCCCCCCAAAAUCAAUCAACCCCACCUGCAUGUGCUGCCAAGCCACUUCCUCCACAGCCUGUCAAAUUCAGUAACCCCAGCAUCCCUUGAACCCCCCAGUCCCAACCCUGUGGGUUAAGCUCACAGUUAGCUUAACCCUCUCAGUAUAGAUUAACUACUAAAGAACUUAAAAAAAACAACAACAAUAGAAUGGGUGUAUUAAAAUUAACAUUAAAUCGUGAAAUGUAAUGAAUGAAAAUGCACAAGUAUGUAACUGUUAUUGGUUCCUCCUAUGGUAGGAUGCGAGUCUUUGUAUCACCAGAGGGCGCUAGACUUAGGUGUGUAUAGCUUUAAGAUGCUUCGAGUUGUAUAUACAUGCAUGGUGCAACAAUAGAAGAAUACAACUGCUUAAAUAUCUUUUAAAAUUUAACAAAACUGAACAUUUCCUUCGAUAGAAUAGUUUUCCCAACAUUUUUGGCUUUUGGCCAAAUGAGAGUUGUGUCACUUUUAACUUAUAUAAUAGGCCUACUUACUUGAGAAAAAAAGCUUAAAGAGUAAUAUCAGCAGCCCUUAUGAUUUUAUUAUUAUUUUAUAACUCAGUUUCUGUUUUAUAAGUUUUUCCAAGCAAAAUCAACAUUUAGUUUUUUCCCCCUUUUUGGGAUUGCCUGCUCUAGAAUAUCUGCUCUAGAUGCUUUCUGAUGUUUUUAGGACAGGUGUGCUUGUUUUCUAAUGAAAGGGAAUGUAUAGUGACCGGGUGAAUUUGUUUCUCAGAUCAUUUUCAUUGCAAACUUACAUAUUAAUAUAUUAUGAGUAGCUUUGUAGCAAACACUAAUGAAGGGAAUACUCGUAAAUUGAGAUAUCCAUACCGGAAAUUGUAAACACUUAAAUGUUAGUUACCUCUACAUAGGACAAACAAGAUAAUCCGGUACAAUUUCUUGAUUCAGUGCGUUUCAUUUUUGAGAGCAUUUUUGUUU